UUGGCUAGAUUUCUUAAAGUAGGGCGAUGUCGUUUAAUGUCACACAAAGAGCGAGUUGAAGGUCGCUUCCAGCGGUUCCUUUUUAUAUUUGAUCCCUGUAACUCCUCAGAGAGAGAGAGAGAGAGUGGUUCAAGGCAACAGUGUUCCAAGACCCUCCGAGAGAAAGAGGAGGAGGAGCGGAUCGUUCAAGGAAGGUGGAACUAAAGUGCACCUGGAACUUAACCGCCAACACUUGUCGCGAAGACUCCACCAACCCACAAUUUAUUUGAAUUGAUUGGUCUCCAGUUUUUUUGAGAAUAUAAGAAAAAAAACCAAUGGAGGUCAAUCUCUGCAAGUUAAAACGCUUAACCGGUUUGAGUCAUGAAGAGUUGCUCUCGAAACAUGACGAGUUCAAGAGUAAAUACCCGUCGGGCUAUCUGACGAGAACGGAAUUCCGAACGAUGGCUGAGAAAGUCAUGCAAGAGGAUGAGAUCCCGGGAUUCCUUACCAACGUGUUCAAGAUGUUCGACUCGAACAAGGACAGAAAACUGGAUUUUGAGGAAUUCAUUCUCGCCACGUCGAUUCGUUUGGAAGGGGAUCAAGCUGAAGGCUCUCGGGAAAAGCUUAAAUGGCUUUUCGAAAACGUUUACGACAAGGACCAUUCGGGAGUGGUGAAUCGAUCCGAGUUGGAGCAAAUCUUGACAUCGCUCAUGAGACAAGAGAACAUUCCUGCCUCUAGUUACAAAGAGGUCAUGAUUGACAUCUUCCAGGAAAUGGAUGCAAAUCGCGAUGGAAAAAUCAGUCAGCGCGAGUUUGUGGAGGCGGCUGCGGCUUGUGAUUUGUUACUGAAGAUUCUUUUGGCAGCAGCCAAUCGGAAGCGGGACACUUUGGAAAAAGAAUCCUUGCACAAGAAUUAAUACUCACACGACACAAAAAAAACCCUGCAAUUUGAUAAGAUCAACCGCGAUCUCUUUGCAAUUCAUUGUUUGUCCUCUCUAAUUUAUAUGCCUUUUGCGUCGAUUGAGUUCAUUUCAUGAUACCUUAGACCUUGUCGCUAUCUCAAGUUUAGGCUGGCUUUAGUUGACAUUCAAGUGUUCAAAAAUAAUGAUUUCAGCGAUUCAGUAUGGCGUAAUUACUUCAGCUUUCCACAGAACGGAAAUGCAAUAAGUGUUUUCAGCCAUUCUUUCAUUUAUGACUCGAAAGGAACUGUCUUUCGUGUUCAAUAGUCUUUUUUGUCUUUUCAGUACAAUACAUGUGUGUAUGUACUCGUAGUAGCUCGAAGCGUUAAUUAAAAAAGAUUAAUAAUAAUGUGCAGUGGCCAUUCAAAAACCUCGCUAUUCUUUGAAAAAGGUUGUUAGUUUUACACCCAACCCUGCUCAUCAAUUUGCCAUCUUGGUACGAAAACAACUCUCUGAGAAUUUUCUCUAGAAAUAAUAUAUGCACAAAGCUGAAAUACAACUUUGACUUCGUUAUUCAAGUGUAAUAGUCAUAAGGAUUUUCCGUCUGGCUUUCCGGGUGGCGUCAGGAUUUGGUGUUGUGGUCUUAAAGUUCGGGAGAGUUGACGUCGCAUGACUUUUCUAUUUGUCAUGCAAC